AUGGCGUCUGCUGCGACGGGGGACGGUGAUGAUCGAGACCUCAACCUCACGACGACCAAGGAGACCACAGCGUCGGAGGAGUCUGAGAGCGGCGACAUCCUGACGAAGAGGAAGGAGGCGAUGAUGGACUUGGCCGGCGGUUUGUUGGCGACCAACAAGCCCACGGCGGAGGCCCAGCCGGCGGGGGCCGGGACGAAGAGGAAGGAGGCCACCGGCGGGUCGUCGGAGGCCGGUGACUACCAUGACCGUGAUCCGAAGAGUAAGGAGGUCAGUGCAUCGGAAGACGACGCAGCUGAUGCCCUCAAGAAGAAGAGGAAGACCACGCAGGUGCCCACGGUCGACAAGAAGAGCAACAAGAAGAAGAAGGUGGUCAGGGUAAUUUUGCCCGAUGCUUGCAUCGAUUACAUUAUCGCAAAUGAUCCCUGCAUGAUGAGAGAACUCUCUGACGAGGAAAUGGCGGAGUGCCCCGAGGAAUACCGCCAAAGCUAUGCCAUUGCCAAGGUCAUCAAUGCUAAGAACCUUGCAUAUCAGCACGCCCUCAUCGCUCAGUACUGUGCUUUUGGCUAUGCCUAUGAUGAAAAAGGAGAUCACUGA